AUGGCCAGCACCGUCUCAGCCUACAAGGAGAAAAUGAAGGAGCUGUCGCUGCUCUCCCUCAUCUGCUCCUGCUUCCACACCCAGCCGCACCCUAACACCAUCUACCAGUAUGGAGAUAUGGAGGUGAAGCAGCUGGACAAGAGGGCAUCAGGUCAGAGCUUUGAGGUGAUCCUGAAGUCGCCUUCAGAUUUAUCUCCCGAGAGCCCCAUCCUUUCCUCCCCCCCCAAGAAGAAGGACCUGUCCCUGGAGGAGCUGCAGAGGAGGCUGGAGGCUGCAGAGGAGAGGAGGAAGACCCAGGAGGCGCAGGUGCUGAAGCAGCUGGCGGAGAAGCGGGAGCACGAGCGGGAGGUGCUGCACAAGGCGCUGGAGGAGAACAACAACUUCAGCCGCCUGGCCGAGGAGAAGCUCAACUACAAGAUGGAGCUGAGCAGGGAGAUCCGCGAGGCGCACCUGGCCGCCUUGAGGGAGCGGCUCCGCGAGAAGGAACUGCACGCAGCCGAAGUUCGCAGGAACAAGGAACAGCGAGAGGAGAUCUCUGGAUAAAGGGCUUUUCUACACAUCUAGCACCUGAUUCCUGUUAACAAACCAACCAACCAACACAUUUUAUUUUGUUUGUCUAGAUGCAGCGUUUGGUUCUCCAUCCCCCCAUCCCCUGGUGUUCGUCCCCCAGCUACACGCUUCUCUAUCUCUGCAUCCUAAAUCGUUGGGUACUUGUGGGGAUUCACAG